AGUCAACAUCAACAUCAACAUCAACAUCUGCGGCAACAUACAAUUUAUCACACAAUGUUUGCUGGUGGCAAAUUAUUGCCCAAAACAUUGGAAAGAGCCAUGACUUUUUCAAUCUCCACCCUACACCACACAAUGCUGAUUCUUUUGAUGCUAAGCGCAGCCGGAAAUUGCCAAAUUUGCGGCCCGCCAGCAGUGCCUUUAAAUGCGAAAGUGCGCACUGUGGCCAGCGAGGUUGGUGGUAUCUCGGAGGCACAUUAUGACUGUGACCCUGGCUAUGAGUUGUUUGGGUCAUCAUCCAUUAAGUGCGAUGCACGAACCGGCUGGGACCGGGAACUUCCCUUUUGCGGUGUCAAUGUGGCCUACCGCAAGCCGGUCAAUCAAAGCUCGUACACACGGAGCGGACCCGCUAGUUAUGCGAAUGAUGGUAAACCUGGUAAUAAGAAUCCCGAUGGACAGGAGUGCUCGGAGACACAGAAAGAGCCAUCGCCCUGGUGGCGGGUGGAUCUGUUGACACCACAGGCUGUCCAUGUGGUUCGCAUUACAACGCGCGGUUGUUGUGGUCAUCAGCCAUUGCAGGAUCUUGAGAUUCGAGUGGGCAACAGUAGCACAGAUUUGCAAAGAAAUCCGCUAUGCGCCUGGUAUCCCGGCACCCUGGAUGAGGGGGUCGUUAAGACAUUUACGUGUGCCAGACCGCUGAUAGGUCAAUAUGUCGCCAUACAGUUGGUCGGUGUCGAGGGCAGUCUCAGUCUUUGCGAGGUCGAGACAUUCACCAAUGACGAAUUCUCCGUUGACCGUUGCCUGAGCCCCAAACUCGGGGUGGACACUGUGGUGACGACAUUCGCAAAAACCUGCUACGACUUUCAUAUAACAAAAGGUGAAAGCUUCGAGAAGGCGAAAACUAUUUGCCAACAGACAGGUGGUGACUUGGUACACGACUUUCGUGGAUCAACUAGCCAAUACAUUCUAUCCGAGCUGGAGCGGCGUAAAAGUGAGCUGAAGCCGCAAUUGGUUUGGAUUGGUGCCCAAAAGGAACCAGGCAUUACGUCUCGCACAUGGAAAUGGGUUAAUGGUGAAAUUGUACAGAAACCCACCUGGGGCAAGGAUCAGCCGAAUAAUUACAACGGCGAACAGAAUUGUGUUGUCUUGGAUGGCGCCCGAAACUGGUUGUGGAAUGAUGUGGGCUGUAAUCUGGAUUAUCUGCAUUUCAUUUGCCAGCAUUCUCCUUUAUCGUGUGGCUCUCCUGAUGCACAGCAAAACACCACGGUGAUUGGAAAGAAAUUCACUUUGGGAGAGAAGAUUCAAUACGAUUGCCCCAGGGGACAUUCACUUAUUGGCCAGACGGAACGGGAGUGCAGAUUGGACGGAACAUGGAGCGGUGGGGCACCAACUUGUAAAUAUGUUGACUGUGGAGCUUUGCCCGAAUUGAAAUUCGGUUCCAUUCAUUUGUCGGAAGAUCGGACAAGCUUUGGUGUGGUGGCUACCUACAGCUGCCACGAGAACUAUACAUUGAUUGGCAAUGAGAAUCGCACUUGCUCGCUAGACGGCUGGAGCGGUAAACAGCCGGAGUGUCUGGUCGACUGGUGUAGUGAUCCACAGCCCAUAAACGGUGGCAAUGUUCGCUUCAAUGACAAAAGGGCCGGAUCAACAGCUAUAUAUGAGUGUAAGCCAGGUUAUGUUCUUGUUGGCGAGGCGAUUAUCUCCUGUGGUCUUGGUGGCGAAUGGUCAAGCAAGACGCCUUCAUGCAGAUUUGUUGACUGCGGAGCACCGGCUCGACCCGAUCGUGGUGUUGCGGUUCUCCUUAAUGGCACCACUACUGUCGAUUCUGUUGUAAAGUAUGAGUGCGAUGAGGAUUAUUGGCUGGACGGCCCAUCGGAGCUGCGCUGCACCAGAGAUGGCAAAUGGUCAGGCGAGGCGCCUGUCUGUGAACUAGUCACAUGUGAGGCUCCCCAAGUGCCAGCCGGUUCCUUUGUCAUUGGCUAUGACUAUAAUGUGCAUUCAAAAAUCCAAUAUAAUUGCGAUCCUGGCCACAUAAUGCAUGGAAAUUCAGUGUUAGAGUGUCUUGACAGUGGCGAAUGGAGCUCAGAUGCUCCAUAUUGUGAAUAUAUCGAUUGUGGUCCUAUUUUGCCCAUUCCCUAUGGCAGUCACAAGUACGUCAGCAAUAGCACCUAUGUGGGCUCCGAGGUUGUAUUCAGCUGCACUCAGUCACAUAAACUAAGCGGCGUGGUGAAACGUCAGUGUUUGGAAUCGGGUAUCUGGAGCGACGCCUCGCCGAAAUGUGAAGAAAUACGCUGCCCAGAGCCAAUGCGUGCUUCCCACAGUCUGCUCUCGGUGACAGGAAAUGAUCGCAUGUACGGACGUACUUUAAUACGCACAGCAGAAUCCUUACAGAAUACGGCGCAGACAUACAAAAUUGGCGCCCUGGCUAAAUAUCGAUGUGAACGUGGAUACAAAAUGGUUGGUGAGGCUCUGGCCACCUGCACGGAUAGUGGCCAGUGGAGCGGCAUUAUUCCGGAAUGUGUUUAUGUCGAAUGCGGAGCGCCGGAGAAUAUUACCAAUGGAAAGACAACAUUGGCAACGAAUGCCACUUACUAUGGUGCUGCAGUUUUGUACGAGUGCAAUGUGAACUUUAAACUGAACGGAGUUUCGCGGCGUUUGUGCACGGAGCACGGCAAUUGGAGUCAUGAGGCACCCGAAUGCACUGAAGUCGUUUGUGAUAUACCAAAUCUUAGUGAUAGUUUAACUGUGGAUGCGGGUACACGUGCUGUGGGAUCUGUGGCCACCUUUAAAUGUCUUAAGGGCCGCAUCUUGAUGGGCAAUGAUACUCGAAUCUGUCAGAAGAAUGGCAAAUGGGCGGGCAAGAGUCCAACAUGCAGACCUGUUGACUGUGGUCGACCUCUGGCCAUUGAUAAUGGCCGUGUUAUUGUGGUCAACGAUUCGACAUUGUAUGGUGGCUCCGCCGAAUAUCAUUGCAUACCCAAUUACAAUCGGAUUGGACAAUAUCUGCGCAAAUGCACGGAAGAUGGAGCCUGGAGUGGCAAACAGCCACACUGUGAACUGGCCGCUGUGGAGGGUCAAGAGAGCUCGGAACUGGGCACGGGUGUGGGGAUUGGAGCGACAGUUAUUGUCGCAUUGCUGGUUAUUUUUGGUCUCAUAUUUUUAUACCGAAACAAAGCCAGACCAGUGAAGAACACGGAGAAUGUGCAAGCAGCCGAAACGAAAGAUGAACGCAAUGCGGCAGUCAUGUCCUAUUCCACACUGGAGGCAAACAAUCGCAUGCAUAUGGACAACACUCAAUCGGCCACGUUCAAUACAUUCCAUGGGGGAAGAAGACAGCCAGGCGAUAGCAAUGGCCAGGCGGGCGGACAGACCAAUAAUAAUAACAAUCGAUCCGAAAACAUCUAUGACCAAAUACCAAAUGAACAAUUCUACGAUGCACCCUACGAGAUGCGCACCAACGAUGAGGUAUACGAACCCGAGCCAGUUGCCAGCAAUGUAAUUACCAUUAAUGGCAUCUCCGUCCGAUAAAGAGAGAGCUCCCUUUCUCCCUCCCUGACACACAUCUUCAUCAUCAUCAUCAUCAAUCAUUAUCAUCGAUUAAAGAUAGAUGAUUUUGUUUUGAUUUUUGUAUAUAGUUAUUGUUUAAGAAAAGGAUGUGAGUAACUCGUAGUUUCCUUAAAGCAAAUGUCUUAUCUGUUGCCUUUGCUUAUACCUACUAAUACUGUAUGUAUUGUAUUUCCAUAUGUAUCAGAACAGAUUGCAUCAAAAUAAUAAUAUGUAACAUUGUAAUUAUAUAUAUGUAUGUACCUAAUGCAGUUUGGAAUUCUGCAAAUUAAUAUUAUUAUUAUUAUUAUUAACACUGCAGGAACCAUCCAUAUUUAUUGACUUGUUGGCAAAAUGUGUACAAGUAGUAAGGCUUUUAAUUUUCACAUGGAAAAUAAGUCAAACGAAAUGAAAAUGAAGCUAAAUGAGAGCACGAUUUCUGUUCCAUGUGUGUACGUUUUUUUUUUUUUC